AUGGCGGACGCCUGGGCGGGACGGGCGGAGGCCGGGGGAGGAGGAGGAGGACCGGGAGGACCGGAGCGGGAGCGCGCGGGGCGGCGGCUGCGGGUGCUGAGCGGACACCUGCGGGGACCCGCCGCCCCCGCCGCCAUCCCCGCCGCCAUCCCCAGGAGACGACAAGAAAUUCUGAAGUGGAACGGUUGGGGCUAUAGCGAUUCCAAGUUCAUCUUCAAUAAGAAGGGUCAAGCAGAAUUGACUGGAAAAAGGUAUCCUCUGAGUGGCAUGGUUUUACCAACUUUUAAAGAUUGGUUAAAAAGCACCCUCGGCGUCAAUCUGGAACAUAGAACUACCUCUAAAGCAUCCUUAAAUGCUAGUGAUGCACCUCCUUCCAUUGUAAAAGAAGAUUUUCUAGAUGAUCUUAAAGAAACUAGUAUUUCGUAUUCACAAGAGGCAGAGGAUAGGGUAUUCAGAGCUCAUGGCCACUGUCUUCACGAGAUAUUUGUGCUCAGGGAAGGAAUGUUCGAACGGAUUCCUGAUAUAGUUUUGUGGCCAAAAUGUCAUGACGAUGUAGUUAAAAUCGUGGAACUGGCUUGUAAACACAAUCUUUGUAUCAUACCGUUUGGGGGAGGAACAAGUGUUUCAUAUGCACUGACAUGCCCUGCGGAUGAGAAGAGAACCAUCGUUUCAUUGGAUACCUCGCAGAUGAAUCGGAUUCUCUGGGUGGAUGAAAACAACUUGACUGCCCAUGUGGAAGCUGGCAUCGUGGGGCAAGACCUGGAGAGACAGCUCAGACAGAGUGGUUACUGUACGGGUCACGAGCCUGAUUCUUUGGAGUUCAGCACCUUGGGAGGUUGGGUAUCCACCCGAGCAUCUGGCAUGAAGAAGAACAUCUAUGGCAAUAUUGAGGACCUGGUGGUACAUAUAAAAAUGGUAACACCAAGAGGUAUAAUAGAAAAAAGCUGUCAAGGACCUCGCAUGUCAACAGGCCCCGAUAUCCAUCACUUCAUUAUGGGAUCUGAAGGAACCCUUGGAGUAGUAACAGAAGUUACAAUAAAAAUCCGACCAGUCCCCGCGUACCAAAAGUAUGGCUCAGUAGCAUUUCCAAAUUUUGAGCAAGGAGUAGCCUGUUUAAGAGAAAUCGCAAAGCAGAGAUGUGCUCCAGCGUCUAUCCGCCUCAUGGACAAUGUGCAAUUUCAGUUUGGUCAUGCCCUUAAACCUCAGGUUUCCUCUAUUUUUACAUCAUUUUUGGAUGGAUUGAAAAAAUUUUACAUCACCAAGUUUAAAGGAUUCGACCCCAACCAGCUAAGUGUAGCUACCCUACUCUUUGAAGGGGACCGAGAGAAGGUGCUUCAACAUGAAAAGCAGGUCUACGAUAUUGCUGCCAAAUUUGGAGGCUUGGCAGCUGGAGAAGAUAAUGGACAGAGAGGUUACUUGCUGACUUACGUCAUUGCAUACCUCAGGGAUCUGGGCUUGGAAUACUAUGUAAUAGGAGAAUCCUUUGAGACCUCUGCUCCUUGGGAUAGGGUUCUAGAUCUCUGCAGAAAUGUUAAGGAAAGAAUAACAAGAGAAUGCAAAGAAAAGGGGGUCCAGUUUGCGCCUCUUUCCACUUGCAGGGUGACACAGACCUAUGAUGCAGGCGCAUGCAUCUACUUCUAUUUUGCCUUUAACUACAGGGGAAUCAGCGACCCAUUGACCGUCUUUGAACAAACUGAGGCAGCUGCGAGAGAUGAAAUCCUUGCCAAUGGAGGGAGUCUGUCCCACCACCAUGGAGUGGGCAAGUUGCGGAAACAGUGGCUGAAGGAAAGUAUCUCGGACGUCGGCUUCGGAAUGCUGAAGUCUGUCAAAGAGUACGUGGACCCCAAGAAUAUCUUUGGAAACAGGAACCUUUUAUAAAUCCACUGCAAUCUGAUGUCCUGAAACCUUUCCAAAUCUGUUUUUUAGUCUACUGCUGUACGGUUAUCCCAGUAAGCAAAUAUAUCAUGGACUGUAUUUUGGGUAUUUUUCUUUGUUUUUUGAGAAAAAAAAAAGGCUGCUUUCAUGCUUUGUUUUUACUCUCAAUGCAUAUGUGCAUUGUUGGCUGGCAGUGUUGCUGAAUUUCUUCCAGAAUGCACCAGUGAGGCACGGGUCAGAUCUGCUUCCCGUCAGCCAGGAGAUGAUAGAAGUCGCUCUGAGUUGGGCAGCCUGGAGCUGGGAGCUGGGAAUUUCUGGGAAAGGGGCAGCCAGGAAUAGGGGACCAAAGGGCGAGCAUUGGAGUAGUCUCUCCCUGAGACGGGUGCCUCUCCAGCCUCCUUUUGCCAAGAAAAAAAGUUUCUGGGAAGCAGGAGAUGAGAGAUAAGGUGCCAUCAAGGGGAUGAUUGAGGUGGGAGAAAGGUUGGGAAAGAAGGUGAGGGGCUGGAGUCAGGUUGGCCUAGGAGCAGUGGUCUUUCAUAAAGAAACACCCAGUUCUCUAAGGGGCUUAGCUCCGCAUUGGUUAGGAUUUUUAGAAUUAUUUUGAAGGACAAUGAAUUGCUACAGAAAUGAUACCAUUAUUCUGCAUUGUUUUCUGCUCUGUAUGCUGCCGUUCAUGCUGAGGUCUGAGUUGUAUUUGUAUUGCUGGGAUAAUCUGCUGUACUAUCCUGGUUUAUUCAUCACACAUUUUGUACAGAUAAAGCUGACUUUUUUUCUCAUACUAUAUGUAAAGAACAGGUUUCACGUAAAACAAAUCCCCAUUCCACCCCUUCCCCCAGCCAUGGUCCUCAUGUAUCUGAUUUCACUUUUUCGUUGCUGAAACACCACGGAUGUUUAAAAAAAAAAAAGAAAGGCUAAAUUUUAUGUCUUCAGCAGUAUGAGUGGUUUGGCUACUGAAACAAAUGCUGUCCUAAGCUUUACCCAGCACUGUUUGUGAAAGUUUCCACAAUUUUAGUGCUGAAGUCUUUUUAUUAGUCUAAAGCGGAAACCUUCAGUUUUGGAUGAAUAUUUGUUUUUAACAAUGACCUGAUGUCUUUCUGGAUUAUUGACUUAACUGAAAAAAGCAGUAACCACAAGUGUAACGUUGAAAUUCAUAUGCCAGAAUGAAAGAUCUGAACCUUCAUCUUUCUUAAAUAGUAAGUAGAGUACCACUAAUCACAUUUAAUCAACCUUUCUGCAUUUAAACCUGGAUCUUUAAAGCGAAAUGAAAACUUUGAAUCACUGUCUGUCAGUUCACAAGUCACAUUUUGAGGUGGAUUCUUUUCGUAAUGCAAAUUACCUGAACUUUUUAUAUUUUUUUUAAAUAUUAGUAUCAGAUCAGAUAUAGCAACUCUAAGGGCAGACUAUCCUUUAAAAGGACAUACUGUCUGUCUAUGUAGUAUCAGUUCCAAAGUGUGUUUGGGGCAGUUUGAUACCUUUUAUAUCUGAAAUAAAUCCAGAAAAGUUAAAAUUUUAAUUUGAAGGUACUAUUUUUAAGAUUUCAAAAUGACUGCUGAUUUUUAGGGUAAUGAAAAUUGGCACAAAAUCAAUUAUAAAUCUGUAAACAAGCUAACUCACUGUCGUGUCAUGGAAACACAACCAAUGCCGCUUUAUUAUAAACUGCCUUCCGUCAUUGGCUCUGCUUAAAAAUGACUGCAAAAUGAUCAUAAGACUUUGCUUGAGGCCCCUGGGUUUUGAGCCAGUUGAUGAAGAAAAUCACCUUCCAACCAUAAAAAUCAAUGUCAAUUCACGACGAUGCCAAAUUCAAAUCCUUCUCUAAUCUGUGGAUCGAAAUUAAUAUGGCAUUAAUACCCUUAGCGUACAUGUGCGUGUGUGUCAGAGAAAGAGUCCCACAUUAGAUUUCAGUUUUAUCCAGAUUCUGGUGUCGUAGGUUAAUCAAUUCCCUUCCACUGCCUGCAUUUACAGUUGAUUCAUUCCCAGAGAAUUCCUGUACUGACACCCUCAGAAAUCCACACUUGGCAUUAGGAAACGCUGGGUUUUAGCUCUGCAGGGUUAAGUACCCCUUUGUCACCACGAACUUUAUGGAAGCCCUUGAUUUAUGUCUCCAUGGUUCUUUCUGUGUGCACUGGGUUGAUCAGCCCCUUGUCUACUUAGAAGCAAGGUUUCUAUAGUUUAAUUUUGAAAUCCCUCAUCUUAAAGUGGUAUUGGUACUCCAGCCUGCCUGUUACAUUACCACCCCUCUUCUUUCCUCACACUGUGCUGUUUGCCUCACCUCAGUAUAUGCUGAGGACCUGUGGAAGAGUAAAUCUGUGGAGAAAUAGGCCUGGGGCACUCUUUCCCUAUGCCUCUUAACCCGGAAGUAUUGGUCUGUUACCGAAACAGAGUGCGAGUUGAAAGGCAGAAGGGUGCAGUGUCCGUGGGGCCUUUUAAACCCAUUGAGGUUUGAUUUAUGUUACGUAAUGGGAGCUCACUAGCCCUUCUGACUUCCUCCCCAGACACUUUUUACCGAGCCGUGCUUCUGGGACUCUGGUGAUCUUAUUUGGAGGGUGAAGGAGCUGCCUUUUUGUGUGUUGUGUGUGGAGACAGAACAGCAGCACAGUUUGCCUGAUAGUGAGCCGAACGACGCUAUACAGUCAGAGGACUCCCAGUAGUAGCGUUCAUUCACAUUUAGAGAAAGAUGCCCCUCUCCACCCCCUUUUUUUUUUUCAGCAUGGUAGGUACGCUAAAAUUUCUCCACAAUUAUUUGGGGCAUGGUUCACAACACAUUUUUAGGGGGUCAAAGUGAAGACACCACGGGCUUUGGAUUGCUUUAUGGAACUGGGCAGGAGAACUAGGGUUAAACACCCAUUGUUUUUCCAAGCAGUUGGCUUGUUUCCCCACAAAAGACUAAGAACGAUGUAUGUGCCAUUUAAGGGAUUCGAAGCACACGUAUUCUUUCUUAGUGGGUAUCGUCAAGAGGACCAAGUACUCAGACAAGGCACUUGUUAGGGUAGGUUGAGAGCUGCUAAAACGAGCGUACACUUAAUUGUCUCUGAAGAAUUCUCAGUCUGAGCAGUGCUCAGUGUCCUCCAUGGCCUUCUCCUUCCCACUCUUUGGGUUGAGAGCUGCUAAAACGAGCGUACACUUAAUUGUCUCUGAAGAAUUCUCAGUCUGAGCAGUGCUCAGUGUCCUCCGUGGCCGUCUCCUUCCCACUCUCUGGCCUCAGUCUGCCCUUCCCCCUACUUGGCAAGACAGUUACUGAAGCCAUAUCUCAAACUCCGUUUGCAUUCUGCGUCACUGUGGAAGAGCAGCUUGCCAGGUGUGAAGUCAAGUUAGGGAAAACAGUGACUUCCCAGCAGCUGAUUUUCUCCUGGGCUUCUCCAAUAAAAGCUGAAUGCGGAGGAAGGCAAGCGUUUGUUUCAGGACAGCCAGCAAAUUCACUGGAAGGGCUACUGUGGAGAUUCGCCGUAAUUCAGAGCAACUCCAACCUCCUCUCUUUUCUCCCCUUAGAAACUUUGCUUUUUUUUCUUCAAAAGUUGCAAAUGCAGAGGGGAAGUAAUAGCAUUUAUUAAGUGUUUUACUGGAUGCAAAGCACAGUACUAAACACUGAGAGAGAAAUCCAGGUGGGAAUUAGACAGGGUACCAGUCCCUCCAGGGCUCACAAGCUAAGAGGAAGCCACAGAGCACGUUAGGGGAUGGAAAGCAGAAGGAACAGGUCACCUUUAGCUCUGUAGAUAUCAUGGGCUUGGCUUGGCUGACCACACGUGUCAUUUACUGUCUCAAAGCUGCAGUGGAGACAAGGCACCAAAUUGAUGGCUCUUCCAUAGUUGCAUUAAUUUAAAUUGUGCAGUAAAGAGAGACAUAUACAUUAGCACUGAAAUCCAGAAUGUGUAAAAGGUUUUCCUCAAACUGUCUUGAAACUUAGUGUCUGAUAUCAAGGAUGUAAGUUACUUAGCUUUCUGCUAUCUAAACCUAACAGUGUUUGUCUUAGUGUGAGAUUAACUGUAAAACUACAAUUGUAAUGUUCAGAGAUUAUAGAACUUAUAUUAUUAAUAAAAAGAAAACAGGCCUAAA